GCAACAGCGAUAAGAAUUUCCAACCAGGUUGCAGUGCAGCCAGUCGGAAACAUACCUUUUUUUAAAAGAUUUGGAAUUAAACUACGCUUAAUAAACCAACGCAAUGAAACGCUUUGGAUUAAAAGAACAGUGUGGAUAUAGAGUCGACACAGUGGACAGGCUUUGUUGCAAGAAGGAAGAUGCAGAUUUCAACAUCUGUGGAAAUUGCCAAUCUUGCAUCUUCACUUCCAAGCUCCGCGAUUCGACCCAGUGGAUGUCGCGCGCAGGGGACUCGUCCAAAAGGAGAUUCCUUACUGGCAUUCUCGUGCGGUGCCAAAGUGUCGAGAUUCUCGAAACCAUCCAAAGAGUACUGCAAGUGACAUUUGGGAAAGAUUUCACCUAUACCAGGUCACGACAGAAGUCAAGUGUUUCAGAAGAUAUGACCACUUGGAGCCAGGACCGAGCGCUUGACACCAAACUUCUUGGGAUGGAGAUGGUUGACACUUGGGACUGGUUCAGUCGCAGCCACCACUGGACAAAAUCCAACUAUCUUUUAGGAAUUCUUUCCCUCUGCGAUACAGGGCUUCUUCACAUGCUUGGAAACUUGACAAGUGUGCUUAUAGUUAGAGCAAAACGGGCCUUCCUCCAACUUAACGUGUUGGAGGAUGAGGAUCAUGAGGAUGACACCUCCUCUAUCUCAGAAUCCACCUACUCUUUCAACUCUCAGGAGGGUCAUCCAGACCUGGACCUCCUCAUCUGUGCCAGCUCUUUCUAUGACCCUGUCAACAUGCACCAUGAAACUGACAUCGACACCAUCGAUGGAGGCCAGGAGACAUGCCAUGAUCCAGAGCUCUCCAAGAGCUGCCAACUCCAUGUAGCUCCAUUGGCGGUGGUGGGUGCCAGCCCUACCUCUGAAGGCCUGCAGGGCUUUGGCAGUGUGUGUAUGGGGGUGCUGAAGGAGGAUAGUGACACAGACUCCACCUGUUCAGACGACCCUGCUCUGAUGGUGGUCCCUCGGUCCUCCACCUCUCUGGCUGGGGUCUGCCGAUACAGAAACUUCAUCCGGGGUCUCCCUGUUCAUCUUGCCAAGAGGAUUUUAGGUCUUCUAGACAAGACCUCUCUGAACAGCUGCAGGGAUGUCUCCCAACACUGGCGAUACCUGACGGAAGACACUCAGGAGGACCUUAAUGCCAAGAAGAUGGUGGAGAAACAAGCUAUGUUGAUGCAGAGCAACACUACAGGUGUCAGCUCUACAUAUGCCAAAGUCCGCAAGGUCCUAGUGCCCAUCAGGGAGGAUGAGAAGCACAUGCACCACGGAGAAAUCUUUUCCAAAAUCAGACAGGAGAGGGGCUUUGAGGCCAUCUAUGCUGGCGUUACAACCCGAGCCAUACAGAUGGAAGAGCGCAAUGUCUACUGUGGAGUGUACAACGUUCUGGUGCUGCUGGACAGGGAAGACCCCUCCAGGGUGGUGCACUACAGUGGAGGUCAGCUGGUGGCCGUGGGGUCCAAGGACCGCGUGGUGCGUCUGCUGGACGUGCUGACACUGAAAGAGGUGUCCCCGGUGAUCCAGGGCCAUGCCGGCUCCAUCAGGGCCCUGCUGCUCUGUGAGGAGAGAGGACUGGUCAUUAGCGCCAGCUACGACCUCAGCAUCAGGUGUUGGAAUCUGAAAACAGGCGUAUGCCUUAUGCUCUUCCGUGGCCACUUGGGUACCAUCAACUGCCUGGACCUGCAUGGGAAUUGUCUAGUCUCAGGGGCCAAUGAUUGCAAAGUCAAAGUGUGGAACCUGCAGACAGGGCAUUGCUAUGAGAAGCUGAAGUUUAGGCACCACAACCCCAUCCUGUGUGUGAAGAUAGACAAGGCUCUAGUGAUGAGCAGCUGUGACAAAGGGCUGGUCAAAAUGUGGGGUAUGGAGACCGCCUCACUCCUCAAGGUAAUCGAUGCCCACCAGAGCUCUGUAAAGUGUCUGUUCUUCGACCAGUGGCACAUCCUGUCAGGUGGUUCUGAUGGACAGGUCAUGGCCUGGAGCACCAAUUGUGACAUAAAGAAGAACCUGAUGACCUAUCGCCAUCCAAAGGAGGUCCUGGCGCUGAUCUACCUCUUCCUGCGUGUCAUUACCGGCUGUGGGGACGGGAAGAUCCGCAUCUUCAACUUCCUGACAGGGGACUGCCUGAGAGUCAUCAAGGCUGGGGGUCAACACAGCCCUAUCCAGUCCCUGCACACACACAACAACAAUAUGGUGGUGAACACGAAGACCAGUGUUCUGAUCUACCAGUUCACCAGGGUGCGCUGGGAUUACUCCGUGCUGGCCGAGAGGGAGUUCUUUAACGAGUUCAGGGGUACUCUUAAAAGCAUGCUCAAUAAAGACAAGUACCCCUACUCCAACGUGCGGGCUGAGCGCAUGACACAGGUGGGCUCGUCCAAUCGUAAGAUCUACGACCGUGAGGGCAAGAAGCCGGGGAGGCCCGAGCUGUCCCACCAUGCACGCUCUCUGUCAGCCCCCAGCAUGCGCCGAGCACAGGCUGCGCAGCAGGAGUCUAUGAGGCCGGCCACGUGGAGUGAGCUUCAGGGCCACCGUAGGAGCCGGGCCUACAUUGACCUGCAGCCAGAGUUCAUCACCAAGCCCCCCUCGGCCAUUUCUCCUGGAAGACCAGUCAGCGGACACAGCCAGGACUCCCAAAGCAGGGCCAGUCACACGCCCAGGAGCGAAACCACUGGCUCAGCCAGGGAGCUGUCUGUGAUGACUAAGUGGGUGCUGACGCGCAGCGAGAAAGCAGUGAAAGACCGAGUGAAGAAGAGGGGGCCCCAUCGGCCCGUCACCCCUCAGCAUGUCCUCCUCAAGGUCAACUCCACCCACCAGCCGCAGGGAAGCGACCAAGCCGGGGCCAACAUGAAACUCAAUGCCCAGGUACGAGAUGCCUGGGGCUCCCCUCCACCUGUCCAGGGAGUGGAUCCAGAGCCCCACGCCUCACCAUUCCCACCUACAACCCCAAAACAGAGCCCCCAGAGUCAGUCACAGAAGGCCCCAGCAGGACCCAGCCACCAGGUCUUGCAACAUGGCAUGACCAAGACCUACGUCCCCCUUAUGACCCGCACUCUGGAUCUCAAACUGAGGCAAUCCCUCGACAGCCGUGAAGUCUGUUCCAGCAGUCCCUCCCCAGCUGUGAUGCGGCCUCACACCAGCCACGCAGCUUCCACCCAGCGCACGCCAUGCCCCGAGCCAGAGAAGAAGAGGCCCCAGACCUCCUGUGGUAUAGCGGGUCUGGCGGUGCGUAAGGUGGGGGCAUUCACUACCACGGCCCAGUCAAAUGUCCAGGCCCCGCAGCGCAUGUUCAUGAGGGUGAGCAGCAAGCGGCCAGGACGCCACGUGGACUUUGAGAUGCCCAAUAAGACCAUUAGCCAGUACAACCCUCUAGACCCAUUCAGGGAGCGUGGGGCCUUCAGGCUCCACACAGACACCCAGUUGGAGGAGUACUUCAGGGUCCAGAACCACCAACUGAAUCAGCAGGGGGAGGGAUGCUAUAGGACCAGGAAUGACCAGGACAGACAGAGGAAGGGGGUCUGGAAGAUGAAGGUCAAAGGUGUCCGUGCCUUAGACUUCCCCAAGCAGGACCAGGUGUAUGCCCCUGAGCUGGGCCAUGAGAUCUACAUCUGAAAUUGUCUGAGACUCAGCUGGACAGGUGUUUGGCUGGCUAAACCCAAUACACACAUGGAGCUUUUUGAACUGUGUGACCAUGCCAGGGCAAGAAUAGAGCCCAGGGCUUUUGCAUGUAUGAUUCUCCCCCCUGGUGGCUUGUCUCUUGGUUUGCUGAUCCUGAACUUUCUAUGCAAGAGUUAUUUUUAAAGAGACUAUGUGCCCCACUUGUGUAUCAUGUAAAUAUAUAGAUGCAUUUCUCUACUCCCACCAAUCCAUAUAUUAUUUUUGUAAUCUGAUGAGGAGAUAGCAGAUUAUUUUCUUUAUCUGGUCUAAUGAAUGAUUUUUACCUCACCUGUUUUGUGUCAGAAAUUUGUAUUUUUUCAAAGUGAGCAUAUGUUGAUAUGUUCCAAACUCAACCUGAAUAUUGCCCCAGUGUCCAGUAGGGGUCAGUAUAAUACCAUCUGUGUUGGUCAGUCAGCUCAGAGAGAGAGGUCAUAGGGGUUUCCAUCCCAAUAAUCUCUCCUUCCUCCAGAACUAGGCACUCAAUCACUACUUCCCACUGAAGUCCACAAGCGAUGGGAAAAGGUGAGAGGAGAGCACUUAGAUGAGAGAAGGAAUUAUACAACAAGCAAAGUGAUGAUGCUGUUUGUAUGUGGCUGCAAUGAAAGUGAACUGUGCGGGUGAUCAGGGGUGUACUCAUAUCGUUGAUUCUGUUGAAAAAAUGAUGGCAACACUUUACUUGACACCCAGCGUCAUAAUACGUUAUGACAUGGUCAUAACCAUGUCAUAAUAUGUCAUAACAGCUGACAUAAUGUCAUAACACGCAACCUACCACACAAGGCAAAACAUAAUAUUACACCAUAGCCUACUUGUCAACAGUGUGUAUUUCUAUGUAACCGUAUGCA